CCAGGGAACGAAUUGUUAUGGGGUCGAAUUGCCCAUUUCUCCAAAAUGGCGACGAAUUAUUUGCGAACGUCUGUACAGUCGCAUGGAAAGAAAGUGUGCAGUCUUUACAAAAGAGCUUGCAGGGAAAUAGAAGCUACUAUAUUUCAUCGCCCGAACAAAAUCUUGGAGCAACGUUACCAACAAGUGCUGCUUCGAGACAGAUUUGAUAAAAAUAAACACCUGGAACCAUUUGAAGCCAAGCAAGCUUUAGAAGAAGGUGAAAGGGAACUAUAUUUAAAAAGUCACCCAAAACCGUUGCAGUUUACAAAUUCCCCUGGUGGAACCAACUAUGGCAGAGAACCACCAGACCCAGACUGGGUAUGUAUUAUAACCUUGCCUUUUUACACAACAAAAUUGAUAUUUAGCUCUGCUCACCUGUCACGAAGAAGCUGGGAAGACUUCAAACAGAUGGACACAGUUUCUGCGUCUAUUGCUGUACUGGGCUUUGCCUCUGCUGACACAUAUCUAAACGAGGGUCUCAAUUGCUGUCAUGGAGAUGGACUUGAUGUACAUGCACUUAGGUUAAAUGCAGGAAGAUGGAACCCUGUUAGAGAAGGUGGUACCGAAUACAAUAAGGUUUCUAGUGGUGGCAACCACCAGACCUGUAUGCCCUCAUGA